AUGAGUGAAUUGAAUAUCAUACCUUUGAAGAAGGAUACUUCCUCAGUUUUAUUGCUACCUUUUCCCGUCUUGGCAAGAAUAAUGUACGAAACAUUCAAGUCAAAUGAUUUUGAAUUACGACUGAUACUACCAAUGUUGUACACGUGCAAAUAUGUUUACUACACCUACAAUUUCAUGCUAUUCACCCUACAGCCCCUUCGUUUAAACUUUGGAGUUUAUAAAGAUAAGUCAUUAUCCAUUCCAUUGUCAAAGCUUUCUUAUUUACUUCUGAAUGAAAGAAUUUGUCCUAAAUUACAAAUGUUGUACAUAACAAUUAUUCCGACUUUGUUGAACAGGAAAGCAAUUAAUGAAACAUUGACGAAUCUAGAUAGAUUUCAAAGCUUGAGCCAGCUCACUAUAAAGGUAAAAUCAAUCAACUUUUUGGUUCAAUACCUAAAAUACUUUCCUGUCACUUUGAUUUACUUGAAAGUAGUGGUAAUCCGGAAUGUUCAAUUUUACCUGAAGCUAAAGUGUCUUGACAUUCCUAGAUUUUCUCUAAAAGUAUUGAAAUUUCAAUUGUUAACACAUUCACUACCCAGCUUACGAGUUGUCAACACUUUGGUUUCCGUCAACUUUCGAACUUCAUUAAAACUAAAUCCAUCAAUCAUACACGUAUAUCAAGUCCUAAGUCAGCUACUUUAUAUGAAUCGUGAAUCAAUGGAGUAUUUAGAGUUGGAUAUGUUGAAUCUAAAUCAAGUAUUUUUAAUUUUAAGUGAUAUGUACCAUUUUGCAGGGCCAGAAUUCUUCCCAAAUCUUAAGUUGAUUAAAGUAGACCAAACAACCAACUACCCGGUAUUCCAAGUUUCAACUUGGUUGAGCAAUAGUGGAACAAUAAUUUAUAUAAAUAACUAUUUAUCCAACUUUGUAAUAAUCAAGAAUUACGGGGCCAGUCAGGGGAUACGGGAAUCGAAGUUUGACAUGGUUCUGUUUCACUGCAAAUUAUCUAGUAUUAAAAAGCAACUAAACUUAUACUACAACAAAUAA